AACAAAGGACGCGUGUGCAAAACGAUGGUGAAACUGAAUUAAAUAAAAAGACAUUUUGUUAAUGUGAAGUGUUUUAGGGAUUGCCGAGUGAUUCUUCUAAUAAUUAAAAAUGGUAAAUUGUAGCGUAAUUGGCUGUAAAAACCGUACUCAACGAAAAUGUGAAAACAUAACAUUUCACACAUUCCCAACGGACGAGACUUCACGAAGUCUUUGGAUUGCAGCGACUGGACGGCAAAAUUGGCAGCCCACUCAGCACACUCGCAUGUGUUCUGUCCAUUUUCAAGCUGGUUGCUUUCAGAAAAAGCAGCAGAAAAUGUAUUUGGCAAAUUAUUCAAUACCAACAUUAGCCGUUCAUGAUGUACCAGUUCAUUGUGACAAAGCUUCAUCUAGCGAAACUACCGAAGUUUUACCCAUGGAAUGCGAUAAUCAAGCAUCAAAUAAUCUAGCAGACACGAUGACACCAAGAAAGUUAAAGCUGACAGUGAAUUUACAAAGAAGAACGUUAAUAGCUGAAAACCGCAAGAAAAAAAUAACCGCAUUGAGAUCAAAGACUCGAAGACUUGUAAAAAAAUGCUGAAUUGACUGAUAUUAUAGAAAAUUUAAAAACAAAGCGAUUCAUCAACCAGGAAGCAGCGGAUUUACUUUCUGUGCUUAAUAAUGCCUCGGACUUCAUUAAGCCAAACAAA